ACCUUUACAAUAACGUAUACGCACUUCCCUUUCGUAUGUGCAAUUAUCACACGUUCAAACUUCAAAAGUAAACACUAACUGCUGAGCCGAGACUAGGAUUGUCCACUUCAACGUAUCCGCUCUGAGUGAAUAGAGAGAAGACAGCUAACGUUAGCCGCUUAGCUUCUCUGUACUAAGUGAAUAGAUAGGAGCCACUGCUAACACAAGCCACGUUAGCUCUGUGUUCUGAGUAGGUGUACACACAACGUAUGCAAGCCAAGUUGGUGUCUAUAAGAUUAGCGAAUUAAUAGGAGGCAUGGCUAUGGUUAGCUUAGCGUUAGCUUUUCUAAUCGGAAUGAAUGGAGAAAAGAAACAGCAGCUAACGUACUAUGAAGACUCCUCCAGACAGGGCAGGGAUCACCUUUGAGGUGGGAGCACAGCUGGAAGCUCGAGAUCGUCUGAAGAACUGGUAUGCAGCUACAAUUGAGAAAAUUGACUUUGAUAAAGAGCGGGUCCUAAUCCAUUUUCGUCGGUGGAGUCGUCGACACAAUGAGUGGUUCCACUGGAACUCACCUUACCUGCGACCACUCGAGCGCAUCAGUCUACGGAGACAGGGCCAAAACCCACCUCACUCACAACCGAGGUUUGUCUCAGGCACCAGGGUCCUGGCAUGUUGGACAGACUGUCGUUUUUACCCAGCUAAAAUACUCAGAGUCAACAAAGAUGACUCAUACACAGUGAGAUUCUUUGACGGUGUUGUUCGGACUGUGAAGCCCACAGGUGUCAAACCAAUCCAGAAGAAACGUAAAUCUGAGAAAAGUGCGGUGGGAAGUGAGGGAUGGGAGGAAGGAGAGAGUGAGGAGGAGCAUGAGGAGGAACUGGAGGAGGCUGAUGAAGACGGAGAAGACAAAGAAAAGAAUGAUGAGAAAGAGAUAAAGGAGGAGGAAAGAGAGGAGCAGAUAACGUCUAAAAAGGAUGAAGGGAUAAAGGAGGAAGACGAAACAGGGAAAGAAGAGGCCUGUCCGUCAUCUACAAGGACAACAGAUGAGACUAAAGUCUGUCCUUCAAACAAUUCUCCAGUUACGCCCCCAGACCCCUUCGCCUUGGCUGCUUUCAGCCCCACCCACAUCAAUAAAGAUGUCCUCUUGGAGCGACAAGCUCACCUUCCAACCACACACAAGUUCAGCAGAGAGCCACUGUACAGAGUGAUAAAGAACCAGCCCCCUCCCAUCCUAUCGAUCGAACUAGACCACAACCCUUUCAAGUGUCCCGCUGAGGGCUGCGUCAAGUCCUUCAGGAAGGCCAGUCUGCUCCACUACCAUAUCAAGUACUAUCACACUGACCAGCAUAUGGAGGAGGGAGGAGCAGGAGGAGGAGGAGGGGAAGAGGAGAAGGUGGCAUCCACAGUGAGGAGGAAACGUUCGUCUUCUGAGGGAGUUGACCUUUUGCCUGAUAGGAAGACUGAAAGUCACAAUAUCAUCUGUCACCAUAAUGACACAGAGAAAAGCACUGUGGGAACAGCAGAGCUGAAGAAGGGAAGAAGCAGCGACAGACCUGCAACACAGACCAGGAAGGAGAGAAAGAACUUCUUGAGAGUCAAACUAAAGAAAAAGAAGAAGAAGAAAAAGAAGAAGAAGAAAAGUCAGUUAGGACUGUGCAGCAGUGAUGAUGAAAAGUCAGAGCGACCUGCCCUCACACUGAAGCUGACAGCCGGGCACAGCGAUGUGUUCACACAAGCGGACGACGGCAGUGAUUGGUCCACACUUACAGCGGAGAGUGGUGAGGACACACCCCCCUGGCCUGUUGCUAUGGAGACAGAGGAGUGCGAGGUUGUUAGGUGUGUAUGCGAAGUCGACGAAGAGAACGACUUCAUGAUCCAGUGCGAGUCCUGUCUUUGUUGGCAGCACGGCACCUGUAUGGGUUUAUAUGAAGACAACGUUCCUCAUCAUUACAUCUGUUAUUACUGCCGGCAUGCAGCAGGUUGGAGGCGAAGCCAGCGCUUGCACUCGGAGCCUGAUUGGCUGAUUUCCGGGCACAUGUUUGGCCUGUCGUGCAUAAGGGAAAACUACUCUGAGAUCAACUCCGCCAAGAUCACACACACCAAACGUUUAAUGGCUCACACGCAUGGUCUCAAUCAGGUCCUCAGUGGACUGCAGCUGAAGAUUAGUCUCUUACACUCCUCUUCUCACCCUGAUCUGAUGCUGUGGAGGUUGCCGUGGAAACAGCAAGAGGGGCAGAGGUUAUCGUCUUGUACAUUGACAGAAGAACCCACCGUUAGCUAUGUCAGCAGUGAGCACUGCUACCAGAAGCCCGAAGCAUCAUGGGAAAAAUCAGAGGCGAGGAAGGAAGAUGGUGGGCAGAAGGGAAUUAAGGAUGAGGACAAGCAGGUGACUGCAGCAACCGUUACAGGCAACAGAACUGCGGCGUCGGACUCGGACGUACAACAUAGCGGCGUUAACAUUGUGUCAGGAGUGCACGCACACACAGACUUCAGGAAACUCGCACACGCUGGAACGCUCACACCUGUGACUGAGUGUCAGCUGAACCUGUUGGAACACGUGGAGUUUUUACACCAGCAGAUCAGCACCAGGAUGGAUGUGAUCGAGAAAGAGCUAGACGACAGCGUUCCUGUCAUGGAGGAGCUUCACGAUGUCCAGCUGACUGAGAUCAAACCACUGCUGACUAGUCAGGGUGGUAGAAAUUACCAGGACUUUGACUGUCAGGAACAUGAUGUUGAAACAGCCCACGGUGUUCUGCACGUAACCAUGAGGGGAGUUGCCAAGAGCAACCGGCCCACAGUCCUCACCUUCCAUGACAUUGGGCUGAAUCAUAAGUCCUGCUUCAACAGCCUGUUUAACUACGAGGACAUGCAGGAAGUGACGCAGCAUUUCUCUGUCGUUCACGUCGACGCUCCGGGACAACAGGAAAAUGCUGCUGUGUUUCCGACUGGAUAUCAGUAUCCCACCAUGGAUGAACUGGCUGAGAUGCUACCAUCUGUCCUCACACAGCUGCAAGUGAAGAGUGUUAUAGGGAUCGGUGUUGGAGCUGGAGCUAACGUCCUCACAAGACUGGCUCUGAAUGAGCCCAGUCUGGUUGAAGGGUUAGUUCUGAUCAACGUCGACCCCUGCGCCAAAGGAUGGAUGGACUGGGCCGCGUCCAAGCUGAGUGGAUGGACCAGCAACCUGGUGGACAUCAUUAUGGGACAUCACUUCAGCACAGAUGAGUUGGCAGAGAAUAAGGAGCUGAUCCAGACUUACAGACUCCACGUAUCUCAGGACAUCCCUCAGGAAAAUCUGGCCAUGUUCUACAACAGCUAUGACAGUCGCACCGAGUUAGAGAUGGAGCGUCCAGUUCCUGGUUUGAAUGAAAACACUGUCGUCACACUCAGAUGUCCUGCUCUGCUGGUGGUUGGAGACACAUCACCUGCUGUUGAUGCUGUGGUGGAGUGUAACUCCAGACUGAACCCGACCAAAACCACCCUGUUGAAGAUGGCAGACUGUGGAGGACUUCCUCAGGUGGUGCAGCCAGGAAAACUCACUGAAGCCUUCAAGUAUUUUGUCCAGGGGAUGGGUUACAUGCCCGCUGUGGGUAUGACGCGACUCGUCCGCUCCAGAACACACUCGGCCUCCAGCGUGGGGUCGGCCGACGGCAGCCAGAGACGCGGCACCAGCCAGACGCAGCCCAAAGGCGACAACCUCAUCAGCUGUGAACAGACACCGCCGCCCUUCAGCAUCACCGAGAUGACGGCAUAGGAAGCCACUCCGUGUUUGUUUUGUUUUUUUCCCCUCUAUCUCCUCCAGCGUUCUAGUGGUAAACGUUCUCUCCAGAGCCGGCCUCCACGACGGUCACUGUGGGCUUUGGUUUCUGUCGAAUGCUGAUGUGAUUCCUGUACUACCGCUGUAGAUGUAACAUCCAGUCAGGAAGGUUUGUUUUUAUUUAUUUCCCUCAGAUCAGUUUCCACCUCAGUUUGUUCCUGAUUUGAGUUUUUUUUUUUUUUUUGACAUUGAUGUUAUUUCGAAUCAAAAUGAUUGUGGUAAGCAGUUGCAACUCUAACAUUAAAACAAAAAAUUUUGUUUAAUUCAUUAUUUUUCUUUAACAUUACACCUUUGAUCUCCCCUUCUCUGGUUAGGAUUGUAGUGACUAAAAUCUUGUCGGCAGCAUGAUUGUUUUCAUCGUGCAGUUGUGGCAUGAAAACUGUUCAGUGAUGCAGUGACUGUCGUUGGCUUUGCUUUGUCAUGUUAGACCAGGGUUGUAAGCUAAGGUCGCUCCCUGACCAUCUGAGUCACCUAAUUCCAAUCACUUACUAGUCCUCCUCGUUUCCUGAUUGUUCAAUGUCUAUUCCUGGUCUGUGGACCAAAGAGCACUUUUCCUUCUUCAUUUCAUAUCCAUUUCUUUAAACCUUUUAGCGUUUUGUAGAAUCAGUGAAUAUGGGUUUUUUUGGGUUUUUUUUUAAACAAGUGAACAAUUUGAAGUCACCUGACACACUUAUUUAGUGUCCGGAAAGAAGUCGAUGUCACUGCGUGCAGCUUCCACGUAGCCUAACAGUCAGGGUAUCCCCUACUGGAUGACAGGAAAAAUACAUCCAGAGCAGGAAGUAUAAAUGCUAGUUAGAUUUUUUUUUUUUUUGGUUGUGGCCUUGUUGACAAAUAUAUUUAUAACUAAUGAUGAAAAACCAUAGUUAUAUAUUUGAUUGUGAUGAAGUGAAUGUAACAACUGGUACAGUUUUAUCUUUGUUCACUGGACUUUCUGCAGGUUUGUAUUUAAGUGUUUUGUUUGUUCUACAACUUUUACUGUUAAUGGUUUGAAAUGAAUUAAAGUUUAUCGAUGAAGAAA